CUUGCUGAUCCCCGCGGCCUCCUCAUCUCGAGCGAGGCCCAUGGCAAGGAGUGUCUCGACCGGCCUGCAGCGGGACCGGAGCGCCCGUGAAACCCGUCGCCCGCCCGCGAUCCAGGUGUCCGCCCAUUGCCCCGCAGCGCCACGGGGCCCAUGUAGGCGCAACGCGCGCCCAUGCUGAUCCCCAGCCACACAGGGGCAUCGCCGCUGCACUGCCGCCACCAGACCGUCUCUGCCGCCGAGGUGUCCCUUGGUGCCAAGCAGGCCAUGGCCAACGUGCGGCCCGGCAGCACGCCAAGCCGAUGGAUCCGACGCGCCUGCCAAACCCCCGCCGACAGCCAAGCCAUCCACCGGGGCGCCUUCCUGCCCCGGGCGGCCAGGCAGCAUGCCCCACUCGACCGCGGCCGACGGCAGGGGGUGGCACCAGCCCCCGAGGGCGAAGGGGGCUCACGGGGCGCGCACACCGGGCGUCGCUUUGGCUCCCGCCCACCCUCGUGCCUUGGCCUAACGUGCGCCCGACACACCUACACGCCAGCAGCCUCUCCCGGCGCACAGCAGUCCCCGCUUCGGGUGCACCAGGGGCUCGGACGCCCGACGCGCACCGUCGGCCGUCGGUCCCCGUGCCCCCUGUCGGCCCUCGGGCCUGGCAGGGAAGGACCGCUGCCGAGUCAACACCCAAGGACAGGCAAGUCGGCCGAGCCGCUGGCCAAGCGUCACCCGAAGGGUCCGCCGCGCCAAGGGCCCUUGAUGGCGCGGCAUUCGGGAAGAGCUCGCCCGGGCGCGGGGGAAAGUGGUGCAAACCGAGGGAACCAUGCAGACACAACGCGGACUUGGCACAUUCUCCAGCCCGCGCGGCCAGCUGGUCGCCAUCGCCGGCGCACCUGCUCCACCUUCCGAUACACGGCCCGGACCCCCGGGCCAACGGACGCAGCACCCAUCGAAAGGCCCGCCCUCGGGUCGGUGCACGGCAGAAAAUGUGACCGCCGGCACCGGGCGCACCACGCGGGGGCCCAGCCGGCGGACCGGCUUGCCAUGCCAACACCGACACCGGAGCUGAAGAGACCGAGAAAGUCCCCACACCGGCCUCCUCGCGCGGCGCACGACAGGGGCCCAGCCCAACCGCCGGGACAAGGAACACCCCCGGACCCGGGCCCCCUGGGCAUGGGGCACACAACUGCCGGCACCUCUAGAAAUAUGCCCAUGGCCAGUGGCACAGCGAGUGAGCCGGCACGGCUCGCCAAGUCGCGGCCGAAACAGACACCCAAGACCGAGGCCGGGCAGCCGACGGACGCGGAGAGACACCUGGCGGCGGGCUGGCGGUCACGCCCCAGGGGCCCCAGUAUCCGGGAGGCAGGGCGAGGGCCACACGGGCAUGGGCCGGGGCCCCCAGGGCAAGAUCCACGACGAAGCGGCCACCCCGGGGUCCUUGUGCGCUGGGCCCCGGCGCUGCCAGAGGGGGUCGGCACGGGGGCAUGGUCAGUGGCAAGAGAAAGUCGAUCGCCGGGCAAUGCGCGCGACGGUCCGCUUCGGGCCACUGCGCAUCGUUAAAUACACGAUGGCAUGCCUCAUGCAGCAGA